ACAAGAUUUAGGCACACACAACAUACAUCAUGAGGAGCUUGAUGGUUCUCACUUUUGUGGUAGCAACCGCAUAUGGGUGUGGCUUCCCCACUUUCCCUCCUGUGCUGAGCAGGGUGGUCGCAGGAGAGGAUGUCAGGCCCCACAGCUGGCCAUGGCAGAUCUCACUCCAGUCAGACAGCAGUGGAUACUGGAGGCACGUCUGUGGAGGAAGCCUUCUUUCUCCUGACUGGGUUCUCACUGCUGCACACUGCAUCAAUGACCGCUACAACUACAGAGUGGAGCUUGGUAAACACAGCCUGACGAAGAGUGAGGAGGGCUCGGUGGCUCUGACGGCAGCUAAAAUCAUUACUCAUGAGGAUUACAACAUCCUGCUCAGCCGUAACGACAUUGCAUUGAUCAAGCUGUCUUCCUCUGUCACCUUCUCUGACACAAUCAUGCCCGCCUGCAUCCCAGACGAGGGCGUGGUCUUGCCCCAUGGUGCUCCCUGCUACGUGACCGGCUGGGGUCGCCUCUCCACCGAUGGUCCUCCUGCUGACACCCUGCAGCAGGCUCUUCUGCCAGUGGUUGGCCACGAUACCUGCUCACAGCAGGACUGGUGGAGCGUCCUGGCAACAGACAAGAUGGUGUGUGCUGGAGGUGAUGGCAUCACUGCUGGCUGUAAUGGAGACUCUGGCGGUCCCCUGAACUGUCAGAACCCUGAUGGCUCAUGGGAUGUCCACGGUGUGGUGAGCUUCGGUUCUGGUCAAGGCUGCAAUGUCUUUCAGAAGCCCACUGUCUUUACAAAAGUUGGCUCCUACAUCAACUGGAUGAACACAGUUAUCAUCACCAACUAAAGAAGACAUUGAGGUGCUUUUGUCAGAAAAUGUAAAAACUAUGAUCAAUAAUGUGCUGUAUUUUUUCUGAAGGGUCAGAAGAAAGAGUUUAGUGGUGCAAACAAGUGCAAUGUAAUUGUAUGUAAAUGUGGAGCUUUAAUAUUCUCUAUGUACUCAACACUUCAAAUAAGAACCUUUUAUUUUUCCAUACCAUGCAGGGCCUUAACGAAACGAUUGCAUAAUCUAAUUUUGGGUUUCAGAUACAGUAGAUGCAUAUUAACUACAUAUUGUUAAACAGUAACAAAGCUAGAGGAAACAGGUGAUAAAAACAAAUUCCAGGAAUUUGAACAUAUGGGCAAAAUUGAAUCAUUAUUCAGUAAAUAAACUACUUCAACAUGCCACAA